AUGAAUUCUACCUUGUUCAGAGGAGCCAAGACGGGUUUGGCUUUGUUCGGUUGUGCUUCUAUUAGGAGCGUCAACAAGCCAAUUCCUUUAACCAUUAUUCACUUUUCUGGUGGCUCUCUUACUCCCAUUGUGUUCGGGAAUAGCUUCAGCAAUGACUACAGAAGUGCUGUAGUAGAACAAAUGGACUCUGAAGUAGCUGGAUUACCUCAAUCCAAAGCUUCCAACAGUAAAUUCAGGUAUCUUCGCGUGCAUAGGGCGCGGGCUGCUGGAUGCGUAGAGUUUAAUAUCGGAAAUUUUUAUCCAUCUGAGAACCCAAUCCCGAUUUGGCAGAACGUUGUUGUCUCUUCAACGGACUGUCAAAGCCCAAAUCUGCUCGAGAUGGCAGGCGAAUGGUUUCGACGGAACAAUCGCGAGGAAGCAGGACAAGAACGCAUCGAAGAUGAGAGCAUUGGGGCUUUUAGAACGGAGUUUGGUGAAAGCGACGAGUCAUUACCAUUAUCAAUGUCUGAUUCUGGGAUCAGAAGGCGAACCCAAAUCGUCACGGACUUGAGGGACAGACUUGCAGAAGCUACACCAAGUAUCAUCUUCGAGAAUCAGAGCAUGCUGCCUGACGACCAAAACGUCCAUUAUCUCUUACACUUUCUGAAACAUGGCGAACCUGCUUGGAUAUCUGAUGGUUCUGAACAUAAAAUGAGUAGGAUAAUAUCUGCAUGCUAUCGUUGUGCCAGGGAGGAGCGGAGUAAAGGCUCAUGGGUGAUGGACUAUGUCCGACCGAUCUUGGACUUGGCCAUCAAUGAUCUGCCCUUGGAGUCGUGGAGCGUGCAAGCGGAGCCUAUGAGGGACAGGUAUCGGCCUCAGCAUAGUGCCAGAGGCAUGUUCAACAGCAACCUUGACUUGGUCGUUGGUGUACCGAAAGAGCCUUGGGGAGAGUCAUAUAGGCUCGCCGGGAUAGAUAUCCGCGAUAGAGAGCUGAGUCACAUCGAGAAUGUUCAUACAGGGAAAAGGCUACUUGGCCUCGGUGUUAAAGUCAAAGGGCUUGAUGGUACUGGUGCUGAAACUCAGGCACAAUUGGGAGUAUGGAUGGCUGGUCUAAUGUCUUGGGCUCAUGAGUCUUAUCGACAUGUCUGUCCGGAUAUGCCCCCUCCACCUGUUGUUGGAUGCACAGUGGUGGGGCCUGUCUGGAAAUUCUAUAUAAUAUAUAGCGUUUCUUGUGCUGUUGGGAGGUUGACUGAAGUGCAUAUCCGGGGUCCUAUUCGCGAACUCGAGGGGAGAGUAACAAACCGACAACGCAUGCUUGAACUUGUCAUCACCCUGAACCGUGUUAUGCAGUAUAUCCGCUGGAGUUAUGCGCCACAAAUGUUUAAUCGCCUUUACUUUCAUGUCUGA